AUUUGUCUAUCCUUUUCUUAAAAAUUACCCGACUAAGAUUUGCCCCCAUGUUCGCCACCGACCUCCACCUCCCGUUCUUCUCAGUCUGUCUCACAAAAUUUCAGAAGAGGGAGAGAGUCCAAGUCCAGAUCUAAGCUGCCAAGACUGAGAGUCCUUAAAACCUUAAUCCUCGACCCCCAAAUCUUCGAAGAACCCAUCUCUGAUUGGGAUGAGGAGGGGUGGAGAGUUUUGGGGGCGGAGAGGGGGGCCGAGGCAGCUGAAGCAGGUCGGCGGGGGGCUGAAGGGGUUCGCGGGACGGCUGUCGAUCGCCGUGAUCGCUCUAGUAAUCUGUAGUCUGUCUCUGUUCUCGAUGAUCGGGGUCACCCAUCCUUACAAUCAGGUGGAGUAUGUUGAUGUCAAUAAGCUUUGGAGAACUGCUGAUUCUGGUGGUUGGAGACCAUCAUCUGCUCCACGAUCAUAUUGGCCUCCUCCUCCAAAUGAGAGUAAUGGCUAUCUACGAGUGCGUUGCAAUGGUGGCUUGAAUCAACAACGAAGUGCGAUAUGUAAUGCAGUUGUUGCUGCAAGAAUCAUGAAUGCGACACUUGUGCUACCAGAGUUGGAUGCAAAUUCUUUCUGGCAUGAUGAGAGUGGUUUUCCAGGUAUCUAUGAUGUUGAGCAUUUCAUCAAGGUUUUGAGGUAUGAUAUCCGUAUAGUGGAAAAGCUUCCUGAAAUCUUUUCAAAUGGAAAGGCCAAGAAGAUGAAAUCUCUUCUGAUUCGUCCACCAAGGGAUGCUCCUCUGAGCUGGUAUACCACAACUGCUUUGGAAAAAAUGAGGAAGCAUGGUGUUAUUUACCUCACCCCCUUUUCACAUCGUUUGGCAGACGAGAUUGAUGACCCCGAACUUCAGAGGUUGAGGUGUCGAGUGAAUUAUCAUGCACUUCGAUUCAAGCCACACAUAAUGAAGACAAGCAGUGAGAUAGUUAAUAAGCUCCGUGCAAGUGGCCAUUUCAUGUCAAUACACCUUCGGUUUGAGAUGGAUAUGCUUGCCUUUGCUGGGUGUUUGGAUAUAUUUACACCAAAAGAACAGAAAAUUUUGAAAGAAUACCGAGAAAAGAAUUUUGCAGAGAAGGUACUGAUUUAUAGGGACAGGAUGCUUAUUGGGAAGUGCCCGUUAACUCCAGAACAGGUGGGCCUUAUCUUGCAAUCCAUGGGAUUUGACAACAACACACACAUCUAUCUUGCUGCUGGUGAACUUUUUGGUGGAGAUCGCUUCAUGAAGCCAUUCAGGACAAUGUUCCCUCGCCUUGAAAACCACAGCACUGUGGGACCUGAAAAGCUUGAAGAGAAUGCACGAGGGCUGGCUGGUGCUGCUGUGGAUUACAUGGUCUGCCUCCUCUCAGAUAUUUUCAUGCCAACAUAUGACGGCCCAAGUAACUUUGCGAAUAAUCUCAUGGGCCAUCGUCUGUACUAUGGCUUCCGGACCAUUAUCCAGCCUAACCGAAAAGCCCUGGCUCCAAUAUUCUUGGAUAUAGAGGAAGGGCGCACAGCUGGCUUCAAAGAGCGGACCAGGCAAAUUAUGUUCAGAACCAAAUUUGGUGGACCUCAUAAACGGGUCCCACCUGAGUCUUUCUAUACAAAUUCAUGGCCUGAAUGCUUCUGCCAAAUGUCUCCAAAAAAUCCUGCUGACAAAUGCCCCCCUGAUAAUAUCUUGGAAGUCCUUGAUAGCCAGUUGCAAAGUGAUGAAACUGAUGUUUCUGAACUUGCAGAAGCAUCCAACAGGAUGUAUCCACCAGGCUCGACAGGAGAGGCUUGACAUUCAAGGCUUCAGGUUAUUUCAUUUGAUCUCAUCUGCAAAGGUAAUUUUUCUUGUUUGCCAGCUCAAACUGAGAGAGAUGAUGGAUUCUCAGGUUGCAGCUGGGGACUGCUUUCCCCUGCAAUAGCAAAAAGUUGGAAUCAGGCUUAGGAGUAAUUGAAGAGCGGCUGUAAAUUUAGUAUUAUAGCAAUCUGUAACAUAGAGUGAACUUUGUACCCACUUUUUUUCCCCCUGCCAUUUGAUCAUACGUAUUUGUAUGCCUCCCAUAAUAUUUCUCGAAAGUAAUGUAGUUUUGGCACAUUUGCCGUCAGGGAUCGUGGCUCCGAACUUUAAAAUUGAAUUAUACAUAAAUGCCACCACUAUCCUGGAUGAUCCUCCA